GAGUUGCCUCCCAGAAAGGAGGAGGGCAAUCUGUGCUUUUAUUUUUCUUUCCCCGACGGCCGCAGUUGAGCUCAAAAUCUAAUUUGAAGCUGACAAGCUGCUGGUCAACACCUGCGCAAAUGUCCUCGCCCGGGGUGGAGGAACCCACUACUUUUACCUGAAGACAUUUUUCCUUUUCCUUUUUCCAUUGUUGUAUAAAAAAGGGGAAGGGCAGACAAACACCCAUUUGGGAAAUGAUGUUACGCUUGAGAAAGUGCGCACUUUACGCACGGUGAAACUUUAAGAUGUUGGAUCGCCUCGCCCUUGUUUCCUUUGUUGCUGACAGUCCUUGAGAACUCUGUGGCCAUGCGUCGUGGGUGAGUUCUUCCGAAGCGCAAACACACGCUCCCCCCCCCCACCAUCGAAACAGCAUGGGGGCCAAACAGAGCACCCCUGCGUUCGAUGGCAGAACUCGGGCUUAUUCCAGCUCCGACCUCCCAUCUGGCCACGGAGAGGGACGGGUUGCGGGCUUCAGGUACACCAAUGGACCGGACGGCCCCCGGAUCCGUUACACCGGCGGGGGGCCAACCAGCUCUGGACUCAGUAUCCCGGCGGGGGGCAGGUCGGGGUCGCGCGCACUCAAUCAGAGCCUCGGCGGCACGGAGGGCGACGAGGAGGGCGCGCCGCCGCCCGAGGGCCACAGGUUGCUCAUCGGCUCGCUGCCGGCCCACCUGUCCCCGCAUCUGCUGGGAGGCUUCCACUGUCCUGUGUGCUCAAAGUUCAUGGCGUCGGAUGAAAUCGAGAAGCACCUGCUCAUGUGUUUCAGCAAAACACGCCUCACCUACAACAAGGACAUCCUGUCCAGAGACUCUGGGGAAUGUGCCAUCUGUUUGGAUGAGCUGGAGCAGGGGGACACCAUUGCCAGGCUGCCUUGCCUCUGUAUCUACCAUAAAGGGUGUAUAGACGAGUGGUUUGAGGUGAACCGCUCGUGUCCGGAGCAUCCCUCCGACUAGGAGCUGCAGGAGCACCGCUUCAGGCGACUGCCCGUCCCCGUGGUGGACUCUGCGCCCCGACCUCAUCGCAACUGUUCCAGCCGAGCAUCACAGCUCCUCAGGGACGUUAAGACAUUGUUGUUCACCAGAGUCCUCUGCAUUGCCUCGUGGAAUAGAGAUAAACUCUGGGUACGUUGCUCCGGACGCCGUGGAACCUUCGAAGAAAAUAUGUGAAUCCUUAUGCCACCUUCUGGCCUGAAGUGUGUUGAUGAAACCUGGGCUCCGGGUGGUUGUGCUGAGCGGGUUGUUGUUUCGUAGCAGAGGACUUGUGUAACCAACGUGGCUGCGCGGACGGCGUCUCCUCACAGCAGAGAUUCAGACGAGAGACUGUUGAGACUUGAUCGGAAGGCUGAGGGCCGCUCUUGUGCAAGGCAAAAACAAUCAGCCAUUCGGAGUUAGAAAUGCCUCUUUUCAGCUUUAAGGGAUGAUUACAGUGUUGAUCGUAGGAUGUAGAUCCUGAUUCUAUUGUGAAAUUGGUAGAAAAAAAAUCACCCCGUUUUUUUUUUUUUUUUUAAGCAAUCGUGUGUCCUCGACCAAAUUGUGUACGGUGAAGUAGUUUGUUGAUCCUUCGCCCAUUCAGAACCACGUGAUUGUGUACUUCCUGCUGUCAAAGCAGAGACAGUCUGAAAUUUAAUUGACAUUUAAUAAGGAUUCCUACUCAUGAGGAGUGCCAUAAUAUGCUGCUAUGUCAUAGACUGGAAUGUUUUCUUUAAUCCUUCAGCCUUUGUUCUUUCUAUUUGUACUGUAAGGUUUGCACAACAAUAAAUGUUUUGUCUUUGUGUGUCGAUGCUACAUAUAAACCCGUAAAAUGUAAAGGCAUAAUCUUUAUACAUAUUUAUGUGAAAUGAAAUGAUUCAGCCCCAAUGAGAUGCAUUUCACUCUGUCUUCAUUGGUUGGAAAACGGGGGAUAAAAUCGAAGAUAAAUACUAAAUAGAUCUUAACCAGAGAUAUUUCAAAAAAAGGUAUUCCUAAAAUGUUGAAGAAAUUGACACACAGACUACGCAGUCGGCAGUUUGCAGUUGUUCUAUCAGUCAUAGACUGCAGGGAAGAUAUGUGAUGACUUGCUAGCAGAAGGCAUGCAUGGGCAAGGAUGACAUUGAGUUGCCGUCUGAGGAUAUGCACAAUUUGAUCUGUUGUGUUGCAGAGACAGACGGUACCUCAGACGGUAUUCUUCUUAACACAAUAAAGCCAGUUUACAGGAAAGGAUAACAUUCAAAGGACAACUAUUAUUUAUAAAACUGUCCUAGUCUUGACUUGUUCCGUUUGUUAUUCGGACUGAAACCCCACAUGUUAGCAAGAUGUAAAAGAAAAUGUUCUUUGUAGCUCGUAUGUUUUAUUGUAACUGGUCCAUGUAUUGAUUGAAGAAGGCUUUGAAAUGUUCACCUUAAAUGAGUCAAAAACAAGGAAUACAUCUUCGUACAGGA